ACCUUUCCCAUUUCGUCUUUAUCGUGACGAUUUCAUCGUUAGCGUCCUUUUAUUAUUGAAUCGUAUUGCUGUCCCCCUCUCCACCCCCUCGUCAACCCGCGUUCUAAUAGUUAUUGUUGUAUGUACAUGUGUUGUCAAUCUCGUUUUCGUGUAUAAUCAGUCAUUAACGUUAUGUCUUUAUUAACUGCGGUGAUUUAUCGAGGCUAAUUUUGUCAUGGCGGCGUCACCGGCGCCGCCAUCGUAACUUAUUCCCGAGACAUUUGGCGACUCUAGAAUCGAACGAGUUAUUUGUGAAGGAAAAGAAGAAAGUGUAGCAACUGUGGACAAACAAAUAUUGGCUUUAUAUUUUUUUUUUAAGUGCAUGUAAACUCGUUGCGCCCGCAACAGUUGGAAAAGUGUGUAUGAAAGUUUUACCUCGCAUCAUAAAAAUGCCGAAAAAUCGGUUAGUUUCACGUGCCGUGGCUGGUGCUCGAGCGUCUCACGUCACCUUAAAUUUGGAGUGCACAGAAGAGCCACUCAGCGAAGCACAAUUAAUGUCAAAAUUAGAGCUCAAAGAAAAUUACGACAGAGUUGCUGCCACCUUAGAAGAAAUGAUUAAAGAUCGUGGAGGUAAAUUAAUAUGUCAAGCUGGCAAUGUCAAUGGUUACCAAUACACAUUGCCUUCAAAUGCUCCACCAACAGUCGUUAAAACUAAUCCUCCACCCAUUGUCAAUGUAAAUCAAAAUAAGAGUCAACCACCCAUUAAACUAAAUGUGUUGAAUAACACAAAUGGUUCCCAGAGUAAUAUACAAUUGGUUGUGGACUCACGAAUGGGAGUUAUUCUGGGUUCAGUAGCUCAACCUCAAGUAACUUCUAUGACAACCACUUCGUCAGUUUCUAUACCCACCACCCCAUCAACACCUGCAUCGACAUCCACAUCUAUGGUAACAGCUCUGCCUACAGCUCUGCCUACAAUUACGCAUUCACAAACGGAAAAUUAUAAAUACACGCGAUCUGGGCGUAGAACAAAGGUACUUCAACCACAACAACCUGAUAUAAUAGAGGAACCUGUAUUAGUCACUCGGGGCAGACAAAAAGUAGGAUCUUCGACACAUGUUGUCACACCGACUACUACUAGCCCCCAAGGUGUAACCAAUCUUAGAAUAAAAACAGUAAGCAAGCAACAGAUUACUCCAUCUGUGUCACCAACCGUGACCACUAUAGGCACCAAUGCAGGGACAACUACGAGAUUAUCCAUAACUAAACCCACCGAACACACGAGCAUCGGUGGAAUAUCAGUCGGGAAUAAGAACGCAGCUUGCGAGCAAAUUGAUGAAUCAAAGAAGAAUCUUCCAGAUGGUAGAGAAGUAAUCUUCAACAAAAUGAAUGGCGGCAGAACAUUUCCUUCGUUGGUUGUCAUAGCUAGACCUAAUCUUCGUACAAAGGAUAUUGCACCACAAAUAGCUCAAAAAGAAAGGUCGGAAUUAGAUAUCAAAGUCAAAAGCGUACUCAUGUUUUCUGCCACUAAGUUUGCGGAAUGGUUGAUACAGCAAGGAUUGGUAAAAUCGGAACAGUAUUGUGCUCAGCAUAGUAAUACUUACCAAAAGACUAAGUUAAAAUUAGGAAUGUACAGCGAUCAAGGUACAUUUCCAUAUUCGGGAGGAUACGUUUGGAUCUCAAGUUGCUGCCCUGAUCGUUUCGUGUCCGUUUUCUCCGGCUCUAUAUUUCAAGGAGCCCCGUAUACACCUACAAUUCUUUUAAAGUUAAUUUAUCACUGGGCAUGUCAAACGAACGUUCAAAAUGUUGUUUCCUGGGUCAAAGUUACGAACGUGUACGUGAAAAACUUCUACACGCAUCUGCGUAGCAUUUGCACAGCGGCGGUUUGGGAUAAAUCACGUAAAAUGGGAGGCAAAAAUUCAGUGAUACAAGUCGGUGUGAUUAGUCUUGGUACAACGUCGCAGGAUGGAAAUUUACGGCAAGUUAAAGUCGAAGUGCUUGGUGUGCUAGAUUUCACUACCUUAGAUUUAAAAUUGAGAGCGUGCGAUCCUGUGCAAGAUGGCGAUAGAUCGUACAAGAGACGAUUCAAUAAUAUUUUACAUCCACUGAAGGACUGGGUUCACACAGAUUCGAAGAUUAUGACGGAUUUCACUGUCGACAAAAGUACACUCGAAGAAAUGGGCUUCAGUAACGUUACGCAAUCUGCAUUUUCCGAUCAGAAUCCUCGAAAUGUUAUGAGUAAUUAUCACAUUAUGGAAUAUUUAAGAAAAAUUGUCCCGAGGAUGUUUCAAAAUACUCUCAGUUUACUUAGUAGACAAAUGAUACAGCAAUUCUUGGACGAGUUAGUAUGGAGAGAAAUGUAUGGCUCGACCACUGCUCGGGCAUUCGACAAUAUUAUCGCACAUAUUGCGGAGCAAACGAGGAUAGACUUUAAUGAAAGUCUGUUAGAUCGUUUGGCUAAAAUAGCCGCAAAUCCUUUCCAGAAUUGGUCCUACUCGAAUGUAAAUCCACCUCCUUUAGCGCCCCUUGGAACGGCGAACAAAGAAGAAAUUAAAGCUGGAUGCGAUAUUUUGGUUCAAACAAAUAAUGUUGUAGUAGGUAGUAACAUCAAUCAGCAGCCGCAGCAAUCACAAGAAACGUUGUCGUCUUUUCCUCAAGCAACCAAACCUGGACCAAAAAGAGGACGUAAAAGAAAUAUUACGUUAGUAACGGCAGCGACUGCGAAUAGCCCAGAACCCGAAGCGAAAAAGAAUAAGUUCGAUGCGAAAAUUACCAGUAGCAAAGACUGGGAGAAGGAAAGCAAAAAUGAUCAGAUAUCGUUGCAAGAAUAUUACUAUGCCACCAUGGAAGGAGAGAAAAGUCUACUGUUGAAAGAGCACAAAUCUACGUUGUAUUUUAAAUGCUUCCUAUGCACGAUGACGAUGCGUACCAAUACAGACGUGAUGGAACAUACAAUCAGUCACGUUCCACCUCAAGUGCCUGGACAAUCGAAUUCACCCGUGUGUCGAUACUGUUGCACAGCUUUUUCGUCUCAGCAUCAAAUGGUUACCCAUGUUACAGAAACGCACAGUAAUUUCGGCCAUUCCGACAGUGAUAUGGUUGUUUGCGCUAUCUGCGAACAAAAAUUUGGAAAUACCGGCCUUUUGAUCUGUCAUUUAUCGUCCAUACAUUAUCCUUCGGAAAUGCCAUAUCGAUGUGAGAGCUGUGGUUACCGCACUUCCAGUCACAAGGACGCUAUCGAUCACUUUUAUUCUGUUCACGAAAAAGGUGAAGGUUUACAAUGUCCUUAUUGCCUGAAAGUAAUACAGUUUGUGAACGAAGGCAGUCCUAGUAUUACUAGCGUGCACGCUUUCUUACUGCACAUGCAAAGGCACGUUAUCAGAAGGGAACAAGGACGAGGAAACAAGUGUUCUAGAUGCUGUCUCUGGUUUAAUCAAAAGGGUGCGUUAAAAGCUCAUCAGAGAGAGUUGCAUGACUGCGUUUCCGGUCCCAAAGUUGUUCCAUAUUCGGGUGGUAGUAACGGUAUAAUGAUACCAAAGUUGCGAACACAAACCAGACGAUUCGACAUUGACAGUCCUAUAACGGAAUUGCCACACGACGAGAAGGUUAAGAAAUGGGCAACGGGUCCAAUCACAGUGAACGUUCCAGUGGAAAAUCUGUCUUGUCAAGAAUGUGAAGAGGAUAUAGACGAAUAUGAUCAUUAUCCAGGCGAACAAAAAUGCCAACAAUGCCGCUAUAUAACCUGUUGCUGGCGGGCAUUUAAAGAACACCAACAACAAAUUCAUAACGAGCGCCCAAUGACCAGCCUCGUAGUUCCUUCUCCACUCAUCAAUACUCCGUUGGACAAGAAGAUGCAAUGUGCGUGCGGUUAUGCGACCGUUGAUGGGAAUCAGUUAGCUACACAUUUGAUCAGGUGUAAAAAGGUAUCUGCCUAUCCCAUGGAACCUACAGCACCGUCCGCAAUGUUGGACAGUUUGGGAUUGGUUCCAAAAACUAUUUCCGAGGACACGGAUGUUGAUGGGAAAAGGACUAAUAAUUUACGUUAAAGUACAAAACAACCGCAGGACACAGUGUUAGGAGGUAUGUCAGUGAAAUACAACUUCCGGACGUGACUAUCUAACAUGGUGGCUAAUCAAAUGACGUA